UUAGAGACGCGCUCCUCCGCGGGUGUUAAAAACUCCCACGCUUUGCGCCGCGACUUCGGAGUCGCACUUUUCCACCUCUCGCCGGCACGCAUCUUCCCAGGUGGGAAAAUAUCUCACUUUUUCACGAGAGAUCGGGAAGGCUGCGCACUCCACGGGUGGGGUGGGGCGUAUAAUAAAAAAAGCAGGUUCCUGGUAACGCAAAGAGAGGCUUUGGAGACGCGCGUCGCCGGCGGAGGAGGAUGGAGUGUGUCAUCCGAGAAGCCACGGUCGAGGAUUGCGAGAACCUCAUGAGCCUGAUACAUGAAAUUGCUGACUUUCACCACUUACUGGAGGAUGUGACGAUCAAUUCUCAAGUUUUAAAAGCGGACGGCUUUGGCAAGGACCCCUUCUUCAAAUGCCUCCUGGCUGAACAGCCUGUGGAAAAUGGGUGCAAGCCAGCUCGUCCUAUUGGCCAUGCCCUGUACUUCUUUGGGUACAACGUCAACCACGGAAGAAUGGUGUACCUGGAAAACCUCUACGUGGUGGCAGAAUUCAGAGGCAAAGGAAUCGGGAAGCAGUUAUUGAGCAAAGUAGCAGAGAUUGCCCUGGAGGCCGGCUGCGUGGAGAUGAAGUUUGUCGCCAUGGAAUGGAACCGGCCGGCCAAGGAGUUUUACGUCCGCCUGGGGGCUCACGACACCACCGACUCCGAAGAUCUGCACUGCAUGGUUCUGGAUCUGGACGCCUUGCAAAGGUUGCGGCAACACGGGAAAGAGAAAAUCACUCGCUGAACUCCCUGUUAAAUGGGGAGGUCAAAGAGCGCCCCCUGCUGUUAUCCAUAACAGAGUUUAUACUGUACAUAAAGAGUUUAUUUCAUUUGACUAACUGGUUGGGAAAAGGGAGAGGAAGGAAAAAAUUCACAGGAGA